ACAAGUAAAUUAUGGCGGGCACAGGAGGUUCCCAUAACAAUAAUAGCGCUGCAAGCAGCAGCAGCAGCCGCAGCGGCUGCGGGAUUAGCACGCGACACAAUCACUACGGCUUUAAUCCAUCCAUUUCCUCAGGCUUCAGCAUCAGAGAGAGCAGCAACGGCUUUACUUUUAGGAGCUCUGGCGGAAAAAAUCGUUCAGCCGUUCAUUGGUCGUUAAAUGACGAGCAACUCACUUCAAGUCUCACCAGUACACGCACUCAUAAACCCUCAACAAGCCUAGGCCUGGAAAACUCCAGUAGGAUCAGCACUGCCUCGGAUCUAGGUUCGGGAUCCAGCAGGUUCGGCAAUGCGUGGGGAUCCAGACCUAUCAGGAAUGGGUUUGUCCGAGCCAGUGGCUACGGGUUCGGAUACCAACGCAAGCCUCCGAUCCGGUAUGUUAGGUCCGGCAAUCGACCGACCCUCCAGCCAUUCGAAUCCGCGGGGCAGCACGAACCGUCUCCCACGCCUCGCUACGUCCGGUGGCCGACGGAUCAGGACCUGCGAGAAUCGCCGGUUAGCCGUCAAGCGUACUUCCGGCAGUACACGUCACCGGCCGCGCCGUACACAUCACCCAGAUCGCAAUACACGUCAGCAGCUGCAGGAACGCCCGCCGCGCCCACCAAUGACGCGCAGGCAGCAGCGGAUCCGGCCAAUGAAAUGCGAGGGAUGGGAGGGAUGGGAGGGAUGGGAGGGAUGGGAGGGAUGGGGGUGAUGGGGUCCGUGGCUCGUGGAUCUGCACCUAGAAGUGGUUCUACACCGGGCGUUCCUGCUGCAGUCGAGGGUCUACAAACGCAGCCUGCUGUAACGCGUACGCCGGCUGGUCAGGUUGGAUCAGGAGCCGAGCAAGAAUUGCCGUCUGGUGUCCGCCCUGUUACGGCUGACAGAUCGGCGCUUGGGUCCUCUGCUGCUGCGCCGGGUGCUGCUGCCGUUGGGGAGACUUGCACAGAUAAGCCGCCAGGCGAAGGGAGGGCGGGAGAGGAAGGGGGGGAGGGAGGGGAGGAGGGGAGAGAGGGCGGAGGAGAAGGGAGAGAAGGCAGGAGAAGAAGAGAUAGAGAAAGCAGCGAGGAGCCUCUCUGCAACAGAGACAAGAGACACCGAGCAGCCGCAGACACUCGUACACCCCAGGCUCGGGAUGAGGCUUUAGACUUGGAUCCCAAUUUACAUCCUCAUCUAAAUGCGGAAAUAAACGUGCAUUUGAAUGCGGAUUUGAAUGCGGAUUUGAAUGCUGGGUCAGAUGCGGGGUUGAAUGCCGAUGCGCACCCCCACCUAACCGCCCUCUCCCUCUCAACCGCCCCCCUCUCACUCCACUACCCUCCCGCACCUCCGCGCCGAGCCGCCAGCAGGAUCGGGCAGCUCAUGCUCAUCCGAGCCUGCCACAGCGAGCAGCUUCGGCGGUUCAGCCUCGGCACAGCCCUGGGCCUGCGCACCAGGAACGGAAUCCUGACGGACCUCCCAGCAAUAAUUGUUUUCGUGCCUCGGAAGGUGCAUGAGCAGUGGCUGCUGCCGGCCCAGAUGCUUCCUAGCAAGCUGCAGGGUCCAGACGGGUACGAGUGCGAUGUGGACAUAGUAGAAUUUUCCUGCUAUGGUGGACAAGCAGGGGGGGUUAGUCCGACUCAGCCGCAGAUUAGUAACGAAUUAGUGGAGAGAUUAAGAGGCGGUGGCUCUAGGAUCGGUCCAGGGUCGCAGAUUGCUAGUGAGGAAAUGUACGGGACGCUAGGAGCUGUAGUUAGGAGUGUGACAGAGCCGCACGCGUUAGGGUUUCUGACAAACAGACACGUGGCAGUCGAUUUUGACCAGCCGAAGCAGAAGAUGUUUCACCCGCUGCCGUCUUCGCUAGGCCCGGGGAAGUACCUAGGCUCGGUGGACCGAGCCUCGUCGUUUGCCUCGGACCACCUCUGGUACGGCGUGUUUGCCGGGCAGAGCCCGGAAACUUUUGUUCGGGCAGACGGGGCGUUUAUUCCGUUCCAUGAGGAGUUUGACGCGGCUCUGCUGACCACGUGGCUGGAGGGGAUUGGGCGGAUCGGCAAGCCACACCAGAUCAGAUUGCAGGACGAUAUUUUCAGCAUAGCGGGGCAGCACGUGUGCAAGGUGGGCAGCAGCUCGGGGCUGACACGCGGCACAGUGAUGGCGUACGCGGUGGAGUACAACGACGACAAGGGCAACACGCUGUUCACUGACCUGCUGGUGGUGGGCGAGGAUGGGCUGCCGUUCGACGUGGAAGGGGACUCGGGCAGCCUCAUCCUCAUGCACGCCCCGGCAUAUGCUGCCAUGCAUGCACCAAUGAAUGCAACCAUGCACGCUGCACCGCAUGCACCCAUGCAUGCUGCGCCACACGCACCCGUGAAUGCUGGUACACAUGCGCCCGUGCAUGCUCCCACACAUGCAUCGGUGCACGCAUCGGUGCAUUCAUUGGUGCACGCAUCAGUGCAUAACCCAGGGCCUGCUCCAGUGCAUGAUACUGCACAUGCGUCCGUGCAUGGUUUCACGCAGCAUGGAGUGGUAUUGCAACAACACGUGGGCCAGCAGCAGCAGCAGCAGCAGCAGCAACAGCAGCAACAGGAUCAACAGCACCAGCAGCAGGACCAGCAGCAUCACCAGCAAGAGGUGCAGCAGCAGCAGCAGCAUCAGCAGACCUCACACACUCACCACCAUCACCAUGAAGGGCAGCAGCAGCACGAGCAGCAGCAACACCAACCGCAUCAGCAUCAGCAUCAGCAUCAACCGGACUCACAACACCACCCCCCCCACGGCCCCCACCAUCACCACACAUGCCACUACCACCAGCAUCACAGCUUGGAUCCCAACACUGCCCACAAGGAUGCAGCAAACCCCUGCCCCGAACCUCUCCUGCAGGCCCAAGGCCCGUCACAGAGAGAAGGGGCGGGGCAAGGAGAGGGAAGAGAAGAGGGGUGGGAGGGGGUUGGGCACAACCAAGAGCCGAUGCUGGUUCCUGUGGGGAUGAUAUGGGGGGGAACUUCUAACCGAGGGCGGCUGAAGCUGCGGCACGGGAAUGUGAGGGAGAAUUGGACGAGUGGGGUGGAUCUGUAUCGCCUGCUCACGUUGCUGGACAUCGAGAUGGUUACCACAGACGAGGAGUUACAAGAAUUUGCCUCCGCUCUGGCGCAAGCAGUGAAGGCGAGAAGGGAGGCUGCAAAUGCCGCAGCAACAUCAUUUGACAAGAUGCAACAAAAAUGAAGGGAAACUGAUGGUUUCUAACACUUUUUAGGAAACCACGGUACGUAGUCUAACAAAGAUAAAAUUGUUGUCCUGUCGAAGGCUUCGUAGUGAAGCGACAUGAGUUGUCGUUGAUUGUUUGCAUUGUGGAAG